GUUAUCUAAUUUAACAUAAUUAGCAUAAUUAAGAAAAAUUAACGGGUAUUAUUUUAAUUUAUCAACAAUUACAGGUAUUUGUUACGGAGUGAUGUUUUGUUUUGGAACUUCGAGCAGGAAGCUAAGGUUGCGUUACCUGCAACAAACAACAUUGGUUCAUGCCGACCCUCCAUCAAACCCAUCACAAUACUUACCCAAAUUAUCAGAACAUAUAAUUCAAAAUGAACCCGACAACGUCAUUGAUGAUCCAUCUAGCAUAUUUUUUGAUCCGAACGAAAAAUCGGAUUUUGUUUACACCGCAGUACCAAUCAUUACUACAAGCACAUACCAAAAAUAUUCUCCGGAGAGAGAGAUUUGUUACCCAGAUGCAUCUGAUAUAGACAAUAAACAUCUUUCGAAAGCUUUAGAAAACCAUCAUUUGCGUGAAAGUCCGAUCUCAUCGGAAUAUGAUGAUAGUUUAGAUCGGACGAGAUCUUUACCUAACACUCCUUCGCAUAAAGUAAAUGACAACAUAUUUAACGAACAAUACAAUGACGUAAGCUCGCGACGUAACUCGCUGGAAUUUGAUCCAAUCGGAAUGGAUUCAGAUUACCAUGCUGUUCUAAACACUGGGGAGGAUUACACACCUGCGUUGAGUCCGGUUGGUUUAAGUGAAGCAGAGGUGAAAAAGUUAUACGAAUCAUCUCAUGAAGGAUCGCUUGUCGACGAUUAUGUAGAACUAAACUUAUACGAAGAGAAUAUUUUGCAGAAUGGAAAAAGUAAUAUGAAAAUUAAAGGUUAUUUCUCUGACGCUGAAAGUGUUAAAACAUAUCAAGAUUCCGGGAUAUACGACGAUGAUGUGUUCAUAGAUUCUCCUAAACCAUUAACCAAUGAAGAGUACAGUAAAGUUUCGCGGCGAUUAAUAUUUGGCGGUGAAGGUGGCGAAGAAGAAGAUGGAUAUGUUGAAAGAUUCUCAGCCUUUAAAACUCCAAUGAGCUCACGACAAAAUAGUUUAGAAUCUAUACUUUCUCUCACAUCACCUGUUACAAAGGAAGCACCUAAAAACAAACAAAUAGAAACACCAACUGUUGAACGUUCAUGGAAGACAUCAACAAGCAAGUACAGUCAUGUUCAAGCGAAAGUUCAAUGUCAUAGAACAAAAGGCGAUAGAAGUCCAUCACCUGGAUCGUCGUUGAAAAAGAAAUCGCCCUCAGCUUCAAAACCACCGAUGGUGUUCGGCAAAUUCAACAAGCGUGCAACAAGCACUCCUAAAAGUAGCGCCAACAUUAAUCCUAAAGUGGAUUCUUUGAGUAACGUAAAACACACACCCGGCGGAGGAGAGAGAAAAAUAUUCAAAGAGCGUUUGAAUUUCCGCGAAAAUGCGACGGCUCGAACUGAUAGCCACGGCAUUGAAAUGUAUUCUCAUUUACCAGAAGAAUUUCAAGAGAUUGCACGGAGAUUAGCGAGACAAGAUCAUCAACUCAAACGACAAGAAUCACAACGUGGGCGUUCUUUAUCUCGCAGCAGAACAUCGAGUCGACAGUCCAGCAUUAGUCCAACCAGAGGCAACGCUGCAAGGGUGAGACGAAGUCGACGGUUGACGCCAGGAAACUCAAUUUCUGAUAUUUUCGCAGCUGUUAACUCCUCAAAGACCAUGCUAGAAAACGUCACAAAACCUCAACCAUCGUUAAGUCGUUCGUCAAGUGUACGAUCAAUUCCAUCGACACCUCAUUUAAGUCGGCAACAUCCUGCGACAGCUUUACGCCACGCGCCAAAAUCGCCGUCGCCUGGACCAAGUCCGAAGCGAAAAGAAGCAAAAUCGAAAUCGAAACAAAAGGAAGAAAAACCGAAGAUUAUUGUAUCGCCAGAUGUUCAGAACUCACUGGUUACUUCUGAUCAUCCGAGUCCUGUUUCAAAACUUUAUCAAUUCACAACACAAAAUGAUUCUUUUGGGUCGCCACAAUAUUCAAGCAAUCCAAUAUUUCAAGCAGUAUCCGUCCACUAGAUGAUUGAAUCCGUCAAAGAUGAAGGUGCAAUUCAAAUCAAAAGAAAA